AAAAAGGAGCUUUGGACUGCUCACAUGAUUUUCUGCAUUUGGUGUGCCAGUUUGCGUGAGGUAGGGCUUAUAUUGAGGUGUGGCCAACAGGUGUGAGUUCCAGCAACGUCAGUACCUGGAUAACCUCACAUGAGACAGAAAUCUGUCUGUUCGUUACAGGUCAUCUACAAAUCCUACAAACCGGAUUUUACUUUUAAGAGCUGACAAUUGCAGGGAACGUGCAAAAGUAAAAUGUAUUUAGGCUUGGCCUUUGCUUCAGCUUUACUGCUGACACUCCAGAGCCUCCAGAUUGUGUCAACACAAACUGCUAAUCUGUUGAACGAAGUAAAACCUUCUGUACCAGCCCAAGGGAUACCUGAUAGCUGGAAAAGAGACAAUGAUGCAAACGUAACAGAAGAUGGGGUUAGUGGGGAUUAUUAUUAUCAAGCCAACAACCAGCCUGUCACAGUAGUAACAACACAAUAUAAUGGUGAUAACGUCAAUGCGGACACUUUGCCUCAGACUACACUCAGCACAACAGAAAACAAUGAAACUUUGAUCCAGCAAAAUCCAGUCACAGAGAACCCAUACCUGGAACCUUCAGCCACUAAUGGGAGCAGUGUAAACCUGACAGAGACCAACACCACAAGUCCAAGUCCUGGGAAUUCUACUACUACUACUGCAAAUACUACAACAACUACUACAACUACUUCUUCUGAUCCUGCUUUAAACAUCACUCAGGGCACAACAUCAUCAGGAAGUGGGAAUGAUACGACUACAAAUGCACCUCAAGACACAAGUUACACAAGCUCAAAUUCUACAACGACUACCAGCCAAACCAGUGUUGUACUGCUUAAUGAAACAAGCUCCGUUUCCACCACAAAUGCAAAUGGAGGAUCCCUUGAUGUCAGAGACAACAUGAAUGGAGAUCUAUCUUCAGAUACUCAACUGCAAACCAAAAGUAAGGCAUGGGGUGCCAUUCUGGGUAUCGGCUUUGGGGUGGCACUUAUUGGCCUGGUGCUGUAUGUCAUUGUAAAACGAAGGAACCACAGAGAUUUCUCUCACAGGAAACUAGUGGAGGAAAUGCCAGGUGAACCAGUUCUCCGGUUGGACAAUGGUGAGCCUCUGGACUUGAAAUUUGAUGGAUUUGCAUACUACAAUCCUGGAGUGCAAGGAGACAACAUUCAAAUGACAAAUUUUCCUCAAGGACACACUAACUAAAAUCUUUUCAAUGCCAAACAGACUGAUAUAAUCAGAAUUUUGAUGAUGUAAAGUUUCCUGUUAAGAACAAAGAGAAGCAAAUUGCCAAAAGGUCUUUAUCUAUAGAUGAGCUACGAUCCAAAGCUUAUGAGGUGUUUUGUUUAUUCCUUUUACAGGUAAAAUGCUGGGAAGUACAGAUUAAUAAAUGUUGAUUUUAUACUUUAGAUGUAUUAAUUUCCACAUAGGAUUAACGUGUGGCUUUCUGUCUGCUUAUACUACACAGUAACCCAUGUAAUAAUUAAAUAAAAUAACUUUUAUAAUAAAAAUGAUGAAAUAUCCCUGCCUAUGGGCUGUAAAGGCUUCACUACAGGUUGUAAUAUAUGUAAUUUCGAAUAUAUUUAGAUUCAUUAAUAUAUACACAUGAAUAAAGUAAAUGAUAAUGUAAUGUUUAGUGUAUAUAGAUUAUACAGUUGUAUAAAAUCACCUCUAGAGCCUAAGGGGAAGAUUUAUAUAAUAAAAAAGAAAAAAAAGAACGAA